CAUGUAGACUUUCACACGUGAUUACACUGAAGCGGUAAUUACUCUUUACAUGGAAUAAGAUAUUGAUUAGCUCAUAUGCGUCUCCCUCAGAGAAUGGGCGAGCCUCAAACGAACGUCAAAACAACUCUGCAGUAGCAAGCGAUGCUGGAGAAGUUCCUGACGAGCCAGGUGUCGGAGUACCUGUGCCUCCCUGUGUGGACGGUGCUGCUGGCGACCGCCUGUCUGGUGUGGCUGCUCUACAGCGGAAGCAGAGGGAUCAGUGUCAAGAAAGCUGUGCGUGACUAUGAAACAACUAGUAUUGCGGAAGAUGAAGCAGAAAAACCUGCUGAAAAGACCAAAUACCGAAAAAAACUGAGGGAGAAGCGGAAAUUGAAGAUUUUCUAUGGAACACAAACUGGCAACGGGAAGAAAUUCGCUGAGGUCUUGGCUGCAGAUGUAGCGGACAAGGGUUAUCAAACAUCGACAGUUGACCUCAGGACCUAUGACCCAGAAGAUGACCUCUCUGAAGAGACCGACCAUUUGUGUGUGUUUAUCAUCUCCACCUACACAGACGGGACGCCACCAGAGGGCGCUGAGUGGUUCUACAAAUGGCUGCAGGAAACUGCCUCCGACUUCCGUGUCCAGAAGACGCUGCUCAAGGGCCUGCACUAUGCCGUGUUUGGCCUGGGAAACUCACUGUACACUGAAAACUAUAAUAAGGUUGCCAAGAAUGUGGACUCAUGGUUAAGAGAUCUUUCUGCACUCAGAAUUGAAGCUGUUGGACUUGGAGAUGAAAACGUGGCAAACAGUGAAAACGCAGGACUAGAAGAAGACUUUCAGGCCUGGAAGAGGCAGUUUGUGAAGGCAGCGAAGCCUGUGUUGAACGGUCGGACCGUGAAGCGGUGUGUGGGGGAGAAGUGUGGCGGCAAGUGCGAGUGUGUCAAAAAAACUGACACAACAGAGGCUGAUGGGAAGGCCUGCAGCAGCGACGGAGAGUGCAGCAGCGAUGAUCAGGUUUUGUUUGAAAGCAGUAGUGAGGAUGAGAAGGUGACAAGUACGUCCAGGUCCAGCGCUGGGGUUGUCGACCUGGAGGACCUGGGAAUGAUAAUGAAGAAUGUCAAGAAGAACAAGCAGGUGGAGGUGGAUGAGGAUGAGGAUGUGUCGUCCACGGAGCCGAGGGAGAUGAUAACGCCGCUACUGCGACAGUCACUGGAGAAGCAGGGCUACAAGCUGAUUGGUUCUCACUCCGGGGUCAAAUUAUGCAGGUGGACAAAGUCCAUGUUGCGGGGCAGGGGAGGCUGCUACAAGCACACCUUCUACGGAAUUGAAUCUCACCGCUGUAUGGAGACCACGCCCAGUCUGGCCUGUGCCAACAAGUGUGUCUUCUGCUGGAGACAUCACACCAACCCUGUUGGCACAGAGUGGAAGUGGAAGAUGGAUGAUGCCGAUACUGUCUUCCAGGGGGCGCUCAACAACCAUGUUGGUCUCAUCAAGCAGUUCCGAGGAGUGCCCGGAGUGCAGCCCGAGAGGUUUGCGGAAGGCUUGGAGCCCAAGCACUGCGCACUGUCCCUGGUUGGGGAGCCCAUCAUGUACCCAGAGAUCAACAAGUUCAUCAGCCUCCUCCAUGGCAAAGGCAUUUCCUCCUUCCUCGUCACCAACGCCCAGUUUCCAGAUGCAAUCAAGGACCUGAGUCCGGUGACCCAGCUGUAUGUGAGCGUGGACGCCAGCACCAAGGAGAGUCUGAAGAAGAUCGACCGCCCGCUGUUCCGUGACUACUGGCAGCGUUUCCUGGACAGCCUGGAGGCCCUGGCCAGCAAGGGGCAGAGGACUGUGUACAGACUCACACUGGUCAAGGCCUGGAACACAGAGGAAGUGCAGAACUAUGCCAGCCUCGUCUCCCGGGGAAAGCCAGACUUUAUUGAGGUCAAGGGCGUGACCUACUGUGGGGAGUCCAAGGCUUCCACUCUGACGAUGGCCAAUGUCCCCUGGCACCAGGAAGUUGUCAGUUUUGUACAGAAGCUUGCAGAUGCUCUGCCAGAUUACGAGAUAGCAUCAGAGCAUGAACACUCGAACUGUAUCCUCAUCGCCCACACCAAGUUCAAGAUCAAGGAUGAAUGGUGGACAUGGAUAGACUAUCCUCGGUUUCAUCAGCUCAUAUCAGAAUAUAACCAAUCAGGAGGCCAGAAAACAUUUACUGCAGAGGACUAUAUGGCCCCAACUCCAAACUGGGCAGUGUUUGGAGCUUCGGAGAGAGGGUUUGACCCGGUCGAGACUCGGUUCCAUAGAAAGAAGCAGAAGGACAUCAGUGGCUGCUAACACCUGCUGUCUGACCUUAUGUCUGACCAUGUGUCUGACCCUGCUGUCUAACCUUGCUCUCUGACUUGUUGACUGACUCGGGUGUUUAAGGGAUGGGAAGUUUAAGGAUGUACAGAUGUAUACUGAUUAAAUGGACAACUGGAAGGACUUGGAUGUGGAUGUGUGUGUGGCAUUUUGCUGUGCAGAGUAACAUCCCUUAGAAAUCUUUGAUCCUGGGUGAGAAUCAUGUUUGUCCCCAAUAUAUACUUGCUUAUGGGUUUCAGUUGACAUCAAAGACCCUCAUCCCACUUCAGGCUGACACCAGUCGCGAUAUAACUGAAAUACUGUUUAAAGGAAUGUUAAACCAAACUUACUCACAUAAUACAAGACAUAUUGAUAUGCUGUGGUCGUAGUUAUAGAAGCUGUUUGGUCCUUUCCCCCAACCCCCAAACCCCAACCCCAACCCCAACCCCAACCCCAACCCCAACCCCCCCCAACACCACCAAUUUCUAGAACAUCUGUGAAUCUGUAAGUAUCUUUUAUGAGCACUGCUCCCAAGCUCCCAAUAUAGCUCUAAGACUGGACAUUUACAUGACAGUUUAUCUAUGACAACAAAUUGAACUUGUUGUGUAUAGAUUUUGUAAGCGUGCCAUUUGUCAUUUUCCUAGCCCUGAAUGCUUCUUGCAAUGAAUAGGGUACAUGUCUUAAGCCAUUAUAAAUUCAUCAUCAGAUUUUCACCCCUGCUCCCCUCAUUAGCAAACACCAAUCCUACUUUAUGUACAUCAUUUUCUUAUUCCCGAUUGCAAAUACUUACAUGAAGAGCACUAUUCUCUUGAGCCUCACUUAUCCGGACACUAGCAUUUUCUCAAAUAUUGUCCAGAUUACCAUGUUUCCAGAUAUCAGAAUCCAUUGUUAAAUGACAAGAGUUACCUCCCUUCUCAAAUUCUACCGAGGCAUAAAAUGCUCUAUUAUUAUACUGUGCAAACACUUAGACACCUUGACAUUGCAUUCUCGAUGGGAUCACGUGAUACCUGUCACUUUGAUGGCGGCCACCGGGUACUAAAUUAAAACAAACGCUGUCAAGCGUGGUCACUGUGCGGUAAGGGGGACACAAAAUAGUAUGUAUUUUACACUGUUGGUAAAUAAAAUUCACUGUCCGGAUCCAAAUUCUCGGAUACAAGAAUCCUUUUAUGAAUUAUUUUUUUGUUCAUAUAUCAAUCGUCUGGAAGGCAAGGUUUCUGGGUAUGUUGGGUCUGGAUAGCAGGGUUGUGUGUCAUUGGACCCAUCUGGAUUUGUUGUAAGAUCCCAGCCACGUACCGUUAAAAGAUGAUACUUGUUGUUACCCUGCCUUACAUUCAUCGUUAAAGGGAUAAAACAAGGAUGGGUUGACUGAUACUGGAAUAAUAUCAAAGCAUUUUCCACUCGAUGGAUUUUCUGUUGAUGCUUUGGAUAUUUGUGAUAUGAUGUAACGCAGUUUGAUUAUGACUGAAUUGUUUUUGUAAAAUUUGUUUUUAUUAUGUUUUAUUUUGUUUUAUAAUGUUUUAUUGGCCCAUUUGUUUUAGGAGUUUGGUGAUUUGCAUGAAAUUUAACUGGGCCUAUAAAAUGCAAUUUAUACAACAUGCGGCUUUAUUUUACAACCUGGGUUGGACUUGUGAAAAGUUCUCCCACACUGUUGAUGUGUUGGCUUCAAUACAAUGAUUCAAUACUCUCUGAAUUCACUAUUUUGAUAUUGAAGGAAUUGUCCAUCAUUUGUGAGAAGGUACAUAUUUCAUUAUAUCACCACCUUCAUGUUUAAAGUGGGGGCACGGGUGGCCCAGUCGUCUAAGGUGCAGCGAUUCGCUGUGCAGAGUUGUGUCCCUUGGGUAAGCCAGAAACCUAUGAUUGUGGGUUCGAAUCCCGGUUCUCCCCGAUUAUGUUUCUA